ACCUUCCCGUAUCUAUAGCGGAAUACACAUGUUUGCGACUAGCAACACAAUUAAUUUUUGAAAUAUAGUUAAAAACGUGUUAUUUUCUUUCGGGAUUAAAAAAAAAAUAAUUGUGUUAAUUAUUUGUAUUUUAACAAAGUGAAUUUUCAUCGAAAUCAAUCUUUUUUUUGCUGUAUUUUAUUGCAUUACAAUUCUCUCUCCAAAAACAUUAUAACCAUCAAGUGAAAAAAAAAACACGACGAUAACAAAAUGGUGUCUAAGGUAAAAGCAAAUAAGCGUAAGCAACCAGAAGAAGCCACACCAUGGUCUGAAUUGAAAGAAGGCGUUUUGGCUGCCAAUGAAAAGACAAAGCAAGUCAAUAUUGCACCACCCAAUAAAAAGGAUGGUAAAUCGAAGAAGAAUGCUAAAAUUGUGGCAAAGAAACAAGAGAGCAGUGAAGAUGAUAGCAGCGAAGAUGAAGAACAAGUUGUAGCCAAACCAACAGCAAUUAAGAACGGUAAGGCAAAUGGUAAAGCUGCUGCUGCCGCGAAAGUUGAAGAGAGCUCCGACGAAGAUGAUUCAGAUUCAGACGAUGAAGAAGAAUCAAAACCAACACCAGCCAAACAAGCUAAAGUAACACCAGCCAAAGCAAACGGCAAAGCUAAUGCUGCUGUUGUUGCAGCCGAAGAAAGCAGCGAUGAGGCAGAUUCCGAUGAUGAAGAAAAUGAUUCGGAUGAAGAUGAAGAGGAAACGAAACCAACUCCAGUCAAACAGAACGGUAAAUCCGCUGUGAUCAAACAAAAUGGCAAAGCAGCUGUGGCAAAAGAUAAUAGUGAUGAUGAAUCAGAUGACGACGACGAAGAUGAUGACGACGAUGAUGAAGAAGAAGAACUACCAAAAGCAGCUGCUGUAAAUGGCAAGAAAGCUGCUGCGGAAGAAGAGAGCAGCGACGAAGAUGAUGAUGAUGAUGAUGAUGAUGAUGAUGAUGAUGAUGACGAGGAGGAAUCACCUGUUAAAGCUAUUGUUAAUAAGAAAUCAGCUCCAGUCGCCGCAGCAGAGGAAGAUGAUUCAGAUGAAGCAGACGAUGAUGAUGAACCAGCUGAAGAAGAGCCAAUUCAAAAGAAACCAGCCAAAAAACAACAAGCACCGAAGGAUGCUAACCCAUUCGGAAAGGGAGCCGGAAAACGUAAGGCAAAUGACAACAAUAACAGUGGACCACAGAAUAAAUUCGGCAAAAGUGGUGAUGGUAACCGUCAAGCAGUGACUUGCUACAAUUGCAAUGAGACCGGGCACAUGUCACGCGAGUGUCCCACGAAAAAGGGUCCAGGUAAAUGCUUUAAUUGUAAUGAAGAAGGUCAUAUGUCACGUGAGUGUCCUACAAAAAAAGCGGCAGGCAAAUGCUAUAAUUGCAACGAAGAAGGGCAUAUGUCGCGCGAAUGCCCACAAAAGAGACAAGGUGGUGGCAACAGCAAUAGCACUUGCUAUAAUUGUAAUGAAACUGGCCAUAUUUCACGUGAAUGCCCACAGAAAAAGGGUGCAAGCAAAUGCUUUAAAUGCGGCGAAGAAGGUCAUAUGUCACGUGAAUGCCCCAACAAAUCCAACGAUGAGAGGGUUUGCUUUGGAUGCCGGAAAUCUGGCCACAAUCUUCGUGAUUGUCCAACUGGCCAAAAAACUAAAGGCUGCCUAAAAUGCGGUUCCGAAGAACAUACUUACAGACAAUGCACACAAGAUGGUGAUAAAUUCAGUUUUGCCGAAUGCUUCGUAUGCAAAGAAAAGGGACACAUUUCAAAUCAAUGUCCACAACGACAGGGCGACAAAGGAGGCUUUAAAAAAGGCGGUUUUAAUAAAGGAGGUUUUAAUAAAGGCGGUUUUAACAAAGGAGGAAACAAAGUUGGCUUCAAUAAAGGCGGUGGUGGAUUUAAUAAAUUCAGCAAAGACAAUUCAGAACAGUCAUCAAACAAAGUGGUUAAAUUCGAUGAAUAGACAAUAUACAGUGUAUAUUAGGUGGAUUUUUACAAUUUACAAUUUUUACAAUUUAUGUAUGAUUAAGAAUUUCCAAAAUAUCCUAUCUUAUACAUAACCAUAACCACCAUUCGAAUUAUUACAAUUAAGGUGGUCUUAAAGCCACAAAAAUAGGAAAAUAAUUAUAAACUAUGUUCAAUGUAUGGCAUAGUUUUUUUAACUUCAUAAAGAUUGUAAUCGACCAACACAAAAUGUUUAUUGAUACCAUUUGCCCAUUUAUUAUUUGUUAAACGUC